AUUUGUAACUCGAGAGCGACGGAACGAUUGCGGCUAAAGGCUCGGAUUUGCGCAAAUAUUUGCAUAAGGUGAAAGGCAAAACAAAGUGCAACCGCAACAACAGCAACAAUAGUGUUCAGCAACAACAAAAAAACAACAUCAACAACAACAACUAUAUCAACGACAUAAUCCACACAAAUUCAUCAGCUACAACAGCAAAAGGAUAUAGCCAAAAAACAAAGCUGCACUCAAAUGCGGUAUUUACUGUAGGCAGCAAUUUCAGCGUUGGAACAAAGGACUUUUUUCUGUUAUAGUUUUUUGUUUUUGUUUUAUUUUUUUUUUUGGUACAACUGAAGCAAUUAACUGAAAAUGUAGCGCUGGCAAGGACAUGGGCAAAGUGGAACAGCAAAUGCCAUGCGAUGCAACGAGAAUAAAUAAACUUCAAAUAUUCCGUGAUUAGGACGUGGUGUACCCAAGCGCUCUAAAUGCAGACGAUAUGGGCACAACAUGGCCUCAGCACAGAUACGACAUUUCUAUAACACACCAACAACAACAACAAAAACAACAACAACAAACAGGUCCUCUUCUUUCACAACACGCCAACUCUUACAACAACAGCAGCAACAUACUGUCAACAGCAGCAGAAAGCGGAAGCAAUUUGAAAGCGAAACGUUUUUGUGCCACACAACAACACAAAGUAAAUUGGAAGCAGCAAGAACAACAACAUGGCAGCCACUCACGCCAGCAACACUCGGGGCAGCAACAGCAGCAGCAGCAGCGGCAGCAGCAUCAUCAGAUGAUGUACAAACGAGAGGAAGUGAAAAAGGUGCAUCAAAUUGGAUAUGGACAAUACAUGAGAUCGCUGCGAGCACCGCCAGCCAUAGCCGCAGCAACAGCAGCAGGAAGAACAGCAUGUUACAGCAUGCUGGCACGAAGACUGGGCAACAGCAGCAGCAGCAGCAGCUGCAUAAGCAAUAUCCUGUCUCAGGUACACAUGAUGCUAAUUGCAAUGACGGCCACAACGAUAUUGGCGCUGGCAUUGCGGGAUGUCAACGCUUUGCUGUUGCUACUGGGACUGCCAAUGCUUUUGCUGCGCACUCUAGCAACAGCGAAAACAACAACGGCAACAACAACAACAACACAACAGCUGCAACAGCAAUACAAUCACGCCUAUCUUCCAAAACCAAACACGGCCAAGGUCAAGACUCUACAACAGCAACAACUGCAACAACAACAACAACAACUGCAACAAAACAACGAAAAGUCUAUCAACACUGCACAAAAGAUGCCGCUGCCAUUGGCCAGGGCACUCGGACUGUCAGAUUCUUUAUGGAUAUGCAAAAAUUUGCACGCACUGUAUUUCCGCUCGUUAUUGUCUUCAAUCUGCUACCUUUGUUCUAUGCAGGUACGUUCCAACAAGCCAGCCAAAAGCAAUGUGAUCAGACGUUUGUCUCGCGCAUCGGAGGGCCACAGAACGGCAGCUUCACGGCGCCGCUGCUGCAUAACCAUCGGAAUCAUUCGCGCCAAUGCCUCUACACAUUCUUAGCAGGACCUGGUCAGCGCGUCGAAGUAGUUUUUAAAUCCUUUAAUUUAAGAGGAAGUCCGCCAGACGGUUCGGCCGUCGGUGAGUUACCAAGUUGUGUUCAUGAGUACAUGGAUAUCUACUCGGAGGUGCAAUCGUCCGAACCAGCGGAGCUGAUCAAUUCCCCCUUCGGCGGCCGCUAUUGUGGCGCAAUACCGCCGCGUCGUCGCAUUUCCAUGUACCGCGCCGUUGCCAUUUCAUUUUUUAGCAACAAGAAUGUGUCGACGGACCUGUUCGAGGGCACAUUUCGCUUUAUAAAUGCAUCGGAAUAUGAAAUUGGUAUACCCAUUGCUGGAUCGCCAUGUUCCUACACGAUAACGCCUAGCAUGAGUAUCAAUAAAACUGGCGCACUCAUAUCGCCAACCUAUCCAGGUGCCUAUCCGAAGGAUAUGUCAUGCACAUAUCAAUUUCUUGGUGAAUCGAAUCAAAGAGUUAGAUUAGAGUUUCGUGAUUUUGAUCUGUUUUUUGGUGGACCACACUGCCCAUUUGACUAUGUGAAAGUGUACGAUGGUCCAGAUAAUUCGUCAGCAUUAAUCGGUACAUAUUGCGGACAGCAAAGAAACUUAGUAUUGUAUUCGAGCGAGUCGAGCCUUUUUGUUCAUUUUUAUACCCUGCCGCGCACCGCAAAUUCGCAAAAUCGUGGCUUUAAAGGAAUUUAUGAAUUUAGCGAAAGUUUUGUUAAAUUAGAUUUUAUACGUGAAAAUGAUGGCAUUCACAUACGUGGCUCAGAAUGUGAUCAAAAGAUUUUAUCGAAGAAGGAAUCAACUGGUUUUGUGCUCUCACCCAACUAUCCCUAUCCAUAUAUACCAAAAACUGUGUGUAGAUAUUUCAUCUAUGGCAUGCAAGAUGCACAGCAUCUGGAGCGUGUGCGUCUCGAGUUUAUCUCUUUCAACAUACCCAAAGUGGAGCACAAGGACAAGAGCGAAUCCAACUGUACUGAUGGCUAUCUAAAGGUCUAUCUGAAGGGCCAAGAGACGGCCGAUGCGUACGACAAGUUCGAUUACGAGCUGUGCGGCAAUGAGACGCAGCGCGUCAUUAGCGAUGGGCCCCGUCUGGCUAUGGUGUUCAGUUCGGGUGAGCUGCAGGGGCGCGGCUUUAAGGGCAAGUACAUAUUCGAGACGGAAUACAAAAUACCGGGCACGGCGGCACCGGACGGCACCUGCAGCUUUACGUAUGUGAGCAGCUCAAAGAAACGCGGCGAGCUGAACAGCCCGCGAUAUCCCUCCAACUAUCCGUCAGACACGAACUGUUCCUACUUGUUCUUGGCCGAGCACAACGAGCAAGUUACCAUUGUAUUCGACCACUUCAAGAUCAAGGCCGACAACAAUGGAAACGCCACUGCGGGCUCUUAUGGCUCCGGUGCCUGCUUUGAGGAUUGGCUGGAAAUGUAUGUGGUGUAUCGGGAUAACAACGAUCGCCUGCUGGGUCGCUAUUGCGGUUUAACAGCACCCGGACCCGUUGAGAGUCCACGAGGCGCGGUUGGUUUACGUAUCACAUUGCACACGGAUCAGGAGAGCGUGGCCAGCGGCUUUAAGGCGCGCUAUUUCUUUGAGUCGGCCAAAUCCGAUGCGGGCGACUGUGGCGGCAACUUCAGCAACGAGGACUCGGGCAUCAUCACCUCCCCGAACUAUCCGGCUGGCUACAAGGCGCCAGGUCGUGGCAUGGCCUCCAAUGCCUGCAACUGGGUGAUGACCGCGCGCGCCGGCUACAAGCUGUCCAUCAACUUUGAGCAGUUCGGGCUCGAGGGCGAUCCGGCGAAUCGUGGUUGUCCCGCCGCUGUGCUGCGGCUCUGGGUAAAUGUCGAUUCGGAUCAGCCGCCUCUGGAGCUGUGCGGCGAGAAGCCCCCCAUUGAGCACUGGCAUUAUAUAUCCACUGGCCAAACAGCGCGCAUCAGUUUCACCACCAGCGACAAGACCGUCGGUGCACAGGGCUUCCGCAUUGUAUGGACCGAGAUACAGGACUCUGGCCCGGGACCACCAUCGAUUGGGCUGCUCUGCGAGUCCACCUACCACUUCCAGUGUGCGGCGGGCUACUGCAUAUCGGACAAGCUGCGCUGCGACGGCGUCAAGAACUGCGGUCCCGGCGAUGAUAGUGACGAAUUGCAUUGUAUCACGGAAGCGGCCGAGGAGGAUCACGACGUCCUAAUUAUAAUAACACUAGUCGUCGUCUCGUCCCUAAUCUGUCUCCUAUGCACACUCUGUCACUCCAGAAGAAAACGUAGAAAUCAUGCGCGUCAAUUGGGUUUACAUCGGAAUGCACACUAUGACUCACAGACGAGCGCAACGGCUGGUCUUAGCUCCAGUCGACGUCAUUUGCAGAGUGGAGGGGCGAGCAUUGCGGGCAGCCUGCACGGCAUUAACAGCGGCACCUUGAUCAUUCCACCCGCGCCCCUGCCACCCACCAGCGUGCCACCACCCCCGCAUAUAUGUAUAGCCGGCAUUGACAUGUCACACGGCCUGAUGUCCAACGACGAGGACGAUGAUGAUGACGACGAUUUGGAGCUGGACGAGGAUCAGCUGGCGGCGGAUAUAUUCAUAAACGAUGUGCAUUUCGACGAGGAUAAUAUCGAUCAUGUAAACCAAAUGGCAAACGUUUAACUAUGUUUAUAAGCAUUUUUAUCGAUAGUUUCAGCUAUAGAGCGCUUUAGAUUAGGACGUGCCCAGUCAGGGGGUACGUAAGGGGUAAGUUGGAGUUGAAUGUCUAUAUACAUACAUACUGACUGCGACAGACAGCAGAAAGAACUUGAACAACAAGAACAAAAAUUUAAAAGUUAACAAUACCUAAAAGACGAAAAAUUAUGCAAAAGUGCGAAUUGAUUAAGACAUAAAUUUAGUAAGCUAUAAAGAAGGCGCAAAUAAACGUAAAAAGUACAGUAGGGCGUAAACAUUGUAGUAGCGAUUAACGAUAAACGAUAAACGAUGAACAAAGAAGACAGACAACAAAUAAUAAUUACAUUUAAAUAUACAUACAUACUAUAUUAUACACAUAGCGACUAUGGGGGACAGAGAAAUGCGAAACGCACAUUGAUGAUGGUUGAGGAAUGGAAAACCCAAGCGGCGAAUAUGUAAAGCAUUUUCUUAGCCACAAGAGACCGCAAAAAGUUGUUGAUUUUUAUAUUUGAUACGAGUAAUAUUUAGGUGAAGCAUAAAUUGAAUUAAUUAUACAACAAAACAAAACAAAAAAAACAGAAAAAAACCCACAUACACACAAUGAAUAAAUAAAUUUGAACGCAGGCAAAAUAAAAACAUUCAACUUAUUAAAGGGCAUAAAACAAUAAAGUAAAUACCUAAAGUAUAUAUAUAUAUAUAUCUAUACAGGCGCGAAUAACUUUUAUUUACACAUUUUUUUACAAUAAGCAAAACACACACAAAAUUAUACAUUUCUCGCCACAAGACCGAUUAAGCUCAAGUUUAACAUGUUUAUAAAUUGAAGUUUUUAACAAAAAUAAUAAAAAAAAAAAAAAAACAUAAGACAUACAUACAAGAAGAUUGCAUAAAUAAAAGAAUUAGUGACUAUCAAACCUGUAUCUUCCAGCAAAAGUUAAACGUAAAAUCCUUUAAUUGAGAGAUUUGUAUAAAUAAAUGAACAUAUUAAUACAAACAAAUUAAAAAGCGUCAUUUGUCGUGCGCUUUAAAUUCCAAAGUCGAUAAAUUCAAAGAUUUUUGUCUAUUUAAGCACAUUUUUAUAGACAUUUAAAUGGAAUGUUGCAGCGACAUUAAGAAACGAUUAAAACAAAACUAUUUAUAAAAAUGUACACGCUAAAGAGAACGAUAAUAAACACUUAUACAGUAAAUUAAAAUCCAAAAGCUAACUCUAAUAACAAAUCACUGAAUUGAAAAUGAAACUAUUUCUGCCAAUCGUUGAGUAAAAAUAUUAAUAAUAAUUAUUUUUUCUUUAGUUCAGAAUUAGUUUAUGCUAUACUUUUCUUCGAAAGAAAACGAAUAUUAAGGUAAAACAUUAUAGUUUAUAUGAUUUUAAAAUGAGAGUUUUUAAAAUGAUAAAACAUAAAUGAAAAUUUGAGGAAAUAAAAGAAUUAUUGGUUUCAUAGCGCUCGUACAUUUUGCAUAAAGAAAAAAUUUAAAAAAAAAAGCUUAAAUAAAUGAGAAAAAUUUAAACAGUUCAACGUAAAAAUCGCUAAAGAUAAAAAUAUGUAGGUGUUUAAUAAAAACAUUAUAAAUAAAUCAAAUACAUUAAAGAAAUAAAACGUUGUUAAAUUGUUUGCAAAAUGCAUAAAGAUCAACUAUUUCAUAAGAAAUAGUAAAUUAUUUUUAAAUAAUUGCAAAAUAAAAAUAAAUAAAUAUUUAGUUUAAGUGUAUACAUUUUGUUGUUGUAUGACAUUAAAAUGAACCCCAAUUAAAUUAGUUAAUUAAAAAAUUGAAUUUGUGUUCUAGCAAUUAAAACAAAGAAAUUAAAGAAUUAAAAAAAACUAUUUACUAAACAUAUAAAAAUUUAAUAAAAAUGUUCGAGAAACACACGACAAAAUCCCCGUGAAAUGUUCUAAGCGUUUACUCAAAAGAAAAACACAACGUUAAAUUAAACAAGCAAGUGUUAAAUUUACAUUUAAAUCUAUAAUUAAGCAAGGCAAACCAAUGAAAGAUAAGUUAUACUAAACAAAUAUGUAAAGCCUAAACCAAAAUGAAACAAAUCUUAACCCAAGCGUAUGCAUUGGCAUAGAUCGCAGCGCUUUAGCAAAAGAUAGUUGAUUAAAACGCAAACUUUUAAAAUUGAACAAAAACACCUACAAAAACAAUUCCAUGUUAACAUUAAAUAUAAAUAAAGGUAAUUAAAUAAAUGAAUACUAAACCAAA